AAUAAACGCUUCUUUAAAGUGAGCUUUAAUGCUAAUUAUUAUUCGCUGCGUUAUUUCAUGACAAAUCAAAUUUAGCACGUUUAUUGUUUAUUUAUAUAAACUUUCCUAUUACAGAACAAACUCAGCUUUAAGAAAUGGGAAAGAAAAAAAAUAAGAAAGUUGUUCGUCCUUGGUGCUGGUAUUGUGAAAGAGAUUUUGAGGAUGAAAAAGUAUUAAUCCAACAUCAAAAAGCCAAACACUUUAAGUGCCCCCAUUGCAAUAAAAAAUUGAAUACAGCGGGCGGAAUGGUGGUUCAUGUUGCCCAAGUUCAUAAAGAAACAAUUGACACAGUCCCAAAUGCAUUGAAAGGACGAGAAUCAACGGAUGUAGAGAUUUUCGGUAUGGAAGGAAUUCCUCAAGCUGAUAUGAUAGCUCAUAUGCAUGCACUUGAAACUGACCAGCCAACAAAGAAAAUUAAAACUGAAGAACCUAUGGAACUUUCUAGUGAGGAAAUUAAAAAACAACUUGCUCAGCAUCAAGCAAUGAUGCAAAAUAGUUCGACAACAGGACAACCUUUCUCUUAUUCCAGUUAUUCUACCACACAACAAAAUAUGCCAUCAUUAAUGCCUCACCAAUAUAGUCAAUUUUAUCAAAGACCUGGUGUUAAUUCAGGGCAAACAUAUUCACCCGUAACUCCAUAUCGACCAAAUCAAAUUCCUGGACAAUCUCUACCAGUUAUACCUAGUCAGCCAUGGCGUCCCUCAGUGUCGGGUGUUAGCCAACCAUUAUAUGGGCAAAUUCAACCAGCUACAACCGGACAAUCUGCGAUUUAUCCAUCCCGCCCGGCAAAUAGUGUCGCAUCCGCAUCUCAAAUUUAUCCGCAAGUUCCGCAUGCUACAGUUUCUGGAAUGUCUCCAUCGGGUCAGCAUUCUUAUACUGCUUAUACUGGAGCAUCAGCUACAAAUACUACUAUUACUCAAUAUCAAGAGACUGCUCCUACUUCAACAGUUCCUUCUGUAGGUGAUACAAUGACUUCAAAUGAAACCACGACGAAUAUAAUACAAUCAAAUACCCAACAAACAGCCCAAAAAACAGUGCCGAAAGUUGUAUUAGUUUAUAGCGAUAACGAAGUCUCGAUGGAAGAGAAAAGAGCAGAACUUGAAAAAUAUAGAUACAAUGAGGAUCAAUUCAGACAGCAGUCCUCAAUGUUUUAGAUUCACUUCUAGUGUUGGCAGGAACUCUGGUAAGAAAAUAAAUCCGGUAAGCAGUCAAGACAGAGAAAUUGAGGAUUUCGUUAUAUUUCAAUCGUUUAUGUUACCUUGUGCGUUGUCAAGAUUUUUUUCUCGUACCAAGAGAUGUACCUUUUUUUUUUAUUAUUGUAACCUUUUUUUCUCUGUCGGUUGAUUAAAAAAA